CCGGUUCACAGGUGAAUUACCAAAAGUUACAAAACGGAAACCCAUGAAGAAAUCAUCUUUGUUUCCGAAAAGCGUGCACGUAAAUCCAGGGAGAUCGCCGUUGACACGGCCAAGCGACUGGACCUGCAAAGAGACAUUGAUCAACAAUCCCGGCCCAGGAAGAUGGCCAAAGCAUUGACGAGCCCGGGGUCCGUUGCUGCGAAGAGGCCGGUGAAAAGGAAGACUGAGAAGAAGAGUGAGCCAGGUUUUGUGAAGCGGAAGAAACGCACAAAACAACAAGACUCUCUGCCUGCGAAUAAACAUUAUACUGUAGUAGAUCAGAGCUUAGUUGAGGUUAAAAAGAAGAAGACGUGUAAACAAGAGGAUGUAAUUGUGAUAGAUACAGAAGAGGAGUCUGUGGAUGGAAGUGGUGAACAGAAAGAGAAGAGGAAACGUGUCGCUGAAUUUUUGAAUGAUUUUUGUGUUAAGAAUGGAAAUGACAAAGAAGUCGACAAGAAGAAGAAGAAGCAGCUGGAAACUCCACAGUUCGGUUUAGUAAAAAAAGUAGAAAAGAAACCAACGACUGUAAAGAAAAUUAAAGCACAAAUUGUGAAGCCAAGGAAAGAACAGGAGGCAGAACAACGCGCCGGGGAGGAUGAAUUGCCAAAGAAAGCCAAGAAGAGAAAAAAUAUUGUAGUUGUAAAUGCAGAGGAAAUUGAGGAGCAAGUUAAGGAAAAGAAGAAAAAGAAAACAACUAGUGUAAAGAUCACUGACGGGAGAAAAAAAUCAGCUCAAAUGAAAGUGACUAAGAAUGGAGUGAAGUUAGGAACUCCAGAGCAGGAGACUUGUGAGGUUGAGAAGGUAAAAGUGAAGAGGAAAAGAAAAAAGAAGCCGAAAGUUGUUGCGAAAGAAGAACAAAUAUUGGCACCGCCUCAGGUGAAAGGUAAGAACAAAAAGAACAAAGCAGCAUCAGGCCAAAAGGUGGAGAACGAAAAUAUGCUCAACAAGAAGAAAGACAAAUCCACAGAGAGUGUGAUUGUUAUCAUAGAUGAAGAGGAGGCGGAGCCUAAGAAGAAAGUCAAGGGCCGAAAAGUUUCUGUGGAGGUCGGCAUAGAGCUGAAUGAGCCGAAGAAAAAGAGGAAACUGGUAAACUCCAAGGGAGAAAAGGAAGUACCAUUAUUACUUGACGUUCAGGAGCAGCGGCGUGAACCAGUAGCCACGGGCCAGAAGAAGAAGAAGAACAAGAAGAUCUGCGUUAAGGUGGAGGCUGUGAGUUUUGGAAUUGGUGCAAAACAGAAGCAGAUUAAAGAAGAGGCCGAAGACCAAGACCAACAAGAGUCGUGCCCAGUGGACGUGGUCUUCCUGUCAGCGAAAACUGGAAACGCAGAUGAGGUCAACAUCAACCAGGAAAGACGGCAGGCGUUACAAAUGGACAUCGACGAGGCCUCUCGACCUAAAGAAAACACGGGUCUUGGCCAGUGGACCACCGCCCAGUUCGACAGCUCUGCACAGCAGCAGAAGUUCCUCCGCUUGAUCGGCGGCUUCAAAAAGGCUUCCCAGCCGGCUGCGGGCGGCAGUGACGGGGCGAACAUGGCCCUGGGGAAGAGCGCACAGCAGCAGUUGCAGCAAAGGCUUCUGGGAGAGUUGGAACACGCUCAAUCGCGCAGAAUGGACUUCAGUAACAGGGGAUCGGGUCUCGGGUUCAGUGCACCGGUCAUUAUUAAGAAGUUCUCCAUCGAUGUCAAUGCAUGUCGAUCGGUUCGCUUUGAUGAUUGAUCCAAGUGAAGCGUGUGUGUGUGCGGACACAUGCUUUAUAUUUUUAAACUUUAGAUUCACAAGUCUACUAUGAUAACUUUUUUUAUGUAUAUCAGAGACCGAACACAGAACAGGAUUAUGUUUGUACAUACUGUAUAUUAAACAUCUGAUUGAUUAACUAAG